CUCAUUGUGGCAAUAUACGGUAGAGAAGUAACAUCCUGUUUCGAGGCGUUGUAGUUAGAUGGCAAGGUGGAACGGCGACGCUUCGCUCGCACCACUCGCACUGGCGACGGGCUCGCGGUUCGACAUGUAAUUGCCGUAAAAUAUCUCCUCCGAGAAGGUGCCAAGCAGUCUGGGAUAAAAUGACAAUGACUUGGAAGCGGAUCGAGGAGCACGCGGGAGUAGCCAUCCAUAAUUUUGCACAUCCAAUCCCGCACGCGAUAUGCUUAACGGUCGGCGAGGUUGUACAAAUAACUGCGGAAUGUGCAGAUUGGUAUUACGGCCGCAGCAAGUUUAAGGGUACUUGCGGAAUUUUUCCCAAGUCCUACAUACAUAUCCUGCAGAAACCGACGAGCACGGAUAACUUGGUGCAGGAGAUUACCAACGUCUUGCGAGAAUGGGGCCACCACUGGAAACACUUGUAUGUGACGCACUCCGAGCACUUCAGGACGAUGCAGCAACAGAUCCUGGACGCGAUCGGCUACAGGAGCAAGAUUUUGAGCGGGACUUUAACGGUGGACGAGCUGAAGGACAUGCGGAGACUGACGACGGCGAAGAUAGACACCGGGAAUCAGCUGCUGGGCCUGGACAUGGUGGUGCGGGACGAGCACGGGAAUAUUCUGAAUCCCAUAGAGACGAGCACCAUCCAGCUGUACUACCAUCACGAGCUCGCCGCGGAGAGGAUAAGGAAGGCGUGCAACGACACCAAGAAGAAGCCGUACAAGCCGCAAGUACCCGUGUACUCGCACAUCUUCUUCGUCAGCGUGAGGAACUUCGUAUGCAAAAUGACGGAGGACGUGGAGCUGCUGCUGACCUUGUACGAUGGCAGAGAGAUGAAGGCCAUCACGGAGAACUACGUGGUGUCGUGGAGCAAGGAGGGGCUCGCUCGGGACAUCGAUCAGCUGCACAAUCUCAGAGUGCUGUUCACGGAUCUCGGCUCCCGGGAUCUGACGAGGGACAAGGUCUAUUUAGCUUGUUACGUGAUCAGAAUAGGCGGCAUGGAAGCCAAAGAACCGGACCACCGUCGCUCGAGCGUCACGCAAGCCAGCCAGACGAAAUCCAAGAGCGCGGAGAGUAUGAGGAGACCGUUCGGCGUGGCCGCGAUGGAUAUUACCUUAUUCAUCACCGGCAAGCUCGAGGGUGAUGUCGAGCAACAUCAUUUUAUACCUUUUAUACAAUGUUGUGAGAAGGACAGCCUUGACGGCACGUUGCGCAGAAUUAUCGGGCAGAAAGAAACAAGUACCCAGAAACAUAUCAACGGCAACGUUGCCAAUGUCACGGGUGGACAAGGCUUGUGGACCAGCUUGAAAUUGUUGAGGGGCGAUCCAAAGCAAGUACGCGACGAGAAUCCACACUUGGUGCUCGGUAACGUCGCUAUCGCGCGUAAAAUGGGGUUCCCAGAAGUAAUUUUGCCGGGUGACGUACGCAAUGAUUUGUAUCUGACUUUAAUCAGCGGCGAAUUCAGCAAAGGCUCCAAGUCUACGGACAAAAAUGUGGAAGUGACGGUCAAAGUAUGCAAUGAGCAUGGUGUAGCGAUCCCCGGAGUCAUGACAUUAGGUGGCGGCGCGUCUCCGAUUGACGAGUACCGUAGCGUAAUUUAUUAUCACGAGGACAAGCCUAGAUGGUGCGAGACGUUUAAGAUUGCCAUACCUAUAGAAGAAUUUAAGCAGGCCCACUUAAAGUUCACGUUUAAGCAUCGCAGUUCUAACGAGGCGAAAGAUAGGUCUGAGAAGCCAUUUGCUUUAAGCUAUGUUCGAUUAAUGCAACGCAAUGGAACGACUCUACAAGACAUACAGCACGAAUUGUUGGUUUACAAAUUAGAGCAGAAGAAAUACGAGGAGAGUGAUAUCUCUUACUUCAAACUGCCAUCGACACGUGGAGAAUUGGCUGCAUUAAACAUGGAGAAGAAGCCAAGCUUAGGUUCGCUAACAUUAAGCAGUAAGGAUAGCUUUUUGAUAGCGACUAAUAUUUGCUCAACUAAAUUAACCCAGAAUGUAGAUCUGUUAGGUUUACUUAAUUGGGCAUCGCACAAUACGGACUUGAAAGAAUCUUUAGCUGCUUUAAUGAAAGUUGACGGGGAGGAAAUAGUGAAGUUUCUGCAGGAUGUUUUGGACGCCUUAUUUAACAUCUUAAUGAGUAAUUCAGACAGCGAUGUCUACGAUGACAUAGUCUUUGAGUGCCUUUUAUAUAUUAUCGGACUCGUAUCCGAUAGAAAGUAUCAGCACUUCCAACCAGUAUUAGAUUUAUAUAUUUCUGAAAGCUUUUCUGCAACUCUUGCAUAUAAGAAAUUAAUUGCGGUGUUGCGCAAGCGUAUAGACAACGUCAGCAACGGCGACGCUCAGGAACGAGAUUUAUUGCUUAAGACGAUGAAAAGUCUGCAGUACUGCAUGAGAUUUAUUGUCGAAUCUCGCCUUUUAUUUACCGAGUUGAAUCAGGACGAAGAAGAAUUCUCACAAACCUUAACUGAUCUAUUACGAUCCAUCGUUAAUCUCAUGAGUCACGAAACAGACGGUACUCUGUUGGUUCAAGGAGCCUGUCUUAAGUACCUACCGACAACGAUACCUCAUUUAUUAAGAGUUUACAGCGGCAAGCAAUUGAGCACGAUUUUAACAGAUCUACUUGUGACUCUACCGACAGGUAGAUUAACCAAACAAAAAAUGAUGACCGUAAACGACAUCGUCCACAGUCCGCUUUUCCUGAAUGUGGACUGUAGAGCGAUUUUAUUACCAAGAAUUACUAUACUCGUGAGAGACUUAUUGGAGUCCAAAGAGGAGGGGCUAUCGAGUACGCCUGGAAAGAGCGUGGCGAAGGUAGCCAGGCUGCUCGGCGAAAAUCGGCAUCGGCUCAACCAACAUCGCGGCUACUCCGAAGAGGUGGAAUUAUGCGUCAAGAUAUUAUCCGACAUUCUAGAACUGACUUUUAGAAAAGAUGUAGGUAGCACGGUUUCAGAUGUCAAGGAAAUAAUGUUAACAGCCUUACGUACGAUAAUACAGACAGUUAUAUCAAUGGACAGAGAAAAUCCCUUGGUUGGAAAUUUGGUUUCAGUAAUGUUGGCGAUAUUCAGACAAAUGACGCAACUGCAUUACGAAGUGUAUAUCAACCAUUUCGGAACAAGGAUCGAUUUACUUGACUUUCUUAUGGAGAUACUGUUAGUCUUUAAAGAUCUGGUAUCUAGAAGCGUAUUUCCAGGAGACUGGUGUGAAAUGAUCAUGCUUCAAAAUCACAUUGUUUUGAAUUCUCUACGGUAUUUCUCGGCCACGAUUAGAGAUUAUUUUUUCACCGAGUUCGAACAUCAAGCAUGGUCAAAUUUCUUUCAUUGCGCUAUUGCGUUCUUGACUCAACCUGCUCUGCAAUUGGAGACAUUUACGUCAGCGAAACGAAAUCGAAUUAUUAAACGUUAUAAAGAUAUGCGCAGAGCAACCGUCUUCGAAAUCAGGUCUAUGUGGUUCAACUUGGGCCAACACAAAAUACUGUUUGUGCCCGCUUUAGUUGGUGCCAUCCUUGAAAUGGCAUUAAUACCUGACACCGAAUUAAGAAAAGCUACUAUACCUAUUUUUUUCGACAUGAUGCAAUGCGAGUACUACAGUUCACGUAUAGUGGAAGGAUAUGGGGAUACUAAGCGCGAUCCUGCACAUAUCAAAGCUAAUUUUACAGAAUACGAAAACGAAAUGAUCGCAAAAUUGGAUAUUCUGGUUGAAGGAGGCAGAGGUGACGAACAAUUUCGCACACUUUGGACUGACGUUAUGAGUUCUUUAUGCGAGAAACACUCCACAAUGCGCGAGCAAGGCUUACGUUUCGUAGACACUAUAGCUAGACUCAUGGAACGUUUAUUGCAAUAUCGCGAUAUUAUUCACGCAGAAUCCCAAGAGCAUCGUAUGCUUUGCACCGUAAAUUUAUUGGAAUUCUAUUCUGAGAUCAAUAGAAAGGAAAUGUACAUUAGAUAUGUGAAUAAGCUGUGCGAGUUACAUCUAGAAUGUGAUAAUUAUACAGAAGCAGCUUAUUCUUUAAAGCUCCACAGUCAAUUAUUAGCCUGGAGUGAUCAGCCUUUGUCACCUUUGUUAAUAUCACACAGAUAUCCGUUGUGUCAAACACAUCGUGAAUUGAAAGAAGCAUUGUACAAUGAUAUUAUUGAUUAUUUUGACAAAGGAAGAAUGUGGGAAUGCGCUCUUUCCGUUUGCAAGGAACUAGUCUCGCAAUACGAAGAAGAAACGUUUGAUUACUUGCAACUGUCCGUACUAUUAAGACGCAUGGCAAAGUUUUAUGACUGUAUAGUAAAGCAGUUAAGGCCUGAAGCAGAAUAUUUCAGAGUCGCGUAUUACGGCAGAGGACACCCUGUCUUUCUUCAAAACAAGGUAUUUGUUUAUCGUGGAAAAGAAUACGAACGACUCAGCGACUUUUGUACGAGAACAUUGAAUCAGUUACCGAAUGCAGAGCAAAUGAAUAAAUUGUCUCCGCCCACCACGGAAAUGCUAGAAUCAUAUCAUCAGUAUGUACAAAUCAAUAAGGUAGAGCCACUGAUGGAUGAAAAAAGGCAUCGUUUAAGUGGUAAGCCAGUUACCGCAGAAGCAGUUUUAAGAUAUCAUCGUGUUAACGAUGUGCAGCGGUUUAGAUUUUCAAGACCAGCUCCAAGAAAGGAAAUCGUUGCAACAAGUAGCGAUAAGGAAAAGGAGAUAAAUACUAGCAAUAACAGCAGCAAUGAGUUUGCCUCGUUAUGGUUGGAAAGGACAGUACUUGUUACAAGCUAUCCGUUGCCGGGAAUUCUUCGAUGGUUUCCGGUGACGUCUAGCGAGACAUAUUUAGUCAGCCCGUUGAGGAAUGCGAUUGAAACUAUGGAAGCUACAAACACAGCAUUGAGGGAUCUCAUUAUUGCUAGCAGGAGCGAUCCCAGUCUUCCAUUAAAUCCUCUGAGCAUGAAAUUAAAUGGCAUAUUGGAUCCAGCUGUUAUGGGUGGUAUCGAUAACUAUGAAAAGGCUUUUCUCAACGCAGAGUACAGAGACAGUCACCCGGAAGAGAGCUCGGAUCUUCUGAAGUUAGAGGGGCUUAUUGCAGAGCAAAUCCCUCUACUCAGCGUAGGUCUACAGUUACACAAAGUACGAGCGCCCACCGAGUUGGCACCGUUUCAUCAACGUUUAGAGCAAUGUUUCAUGUCGAUGCGUACUCAAGUAGAAGCUAAAUAUGGAAAAAGGACCUGCGACUUGCAAAUUGAAAGCCUAACGCAAACCGUAACAAUGCGAAGACCACCGACCUCCAGAGGAGAUAAUCACUGCCUGUCCGAGUCAAAUAUGAAUAAUUCAGACUGUGCAACUCACUACAGGGUAUCCUCACUUACAAGAUCCCAAGUUGCAACGUUCAAGUCGCUUACAUCGUUCAAUUUUAACAACAGCACACCUCCAAGUAAUGUUCAAAGCGUCAAUUUGUCAAGGAACAAUUCCAUGCGUUCACACAUCCUAUCAACGGCAUCUUUGCAAAAAGCACUAGGAAGUCCGAGUCCAGGAACGUACAAAAAAAAGGAUUCAAAGCGUAGAAGCUCACGAAAGAGUGACUCUACGACAGUGACAAAAACCGAUCAACCGACCAGUCAAUGGUACACCACAACCGAAAUAUCCCACAGCUCACUUCAGCAGGGAACAUCGUCUGUUACAUCCUUAAUAUCUAAUUUACACUCAACACAUGUAUUCGAGCUUCGGCAAGAGCUCACGCCGAAACGUCCCCUGAGGUCGGAAGCGGAGAAAGAAAGAAGAAUGAGUAAUCGUUGGUCCGGCCAAUCUCACUAUCUAAGGAACAUCAACAACGGACUGGAAUCAAGCGGUUUGGGAAAGGGAAAUAGAGAUAGCGUCGGCACAACUGAUAGUACAGCAUCCGAGGACGACCCACCACCACCUCUACCGAUUAAGAUGCGCGAAGCCGAUUACUGUAAUCUUCCAGAGGAGCUGUCUGCUAAUCGGUGUGCGGCUACUUCAAAUAAUCUCAACAAGUCUUCGGGGCAGUGGAAAAACAAAUUGCCAACACCUACCGACGAUGAUCUCGACGAAGAUCUAGGUAUCUCCAAACCGCCUACACCGCCACCGAAACCGAAAAGACAGGUUCACAGUGUGAACAAAAAUACGCUUGUCUCUAACGAUGCCGAAAGCUCACUUGUCGAGGAUUCGUCGACUGCAUAAUACGACGUAAAACUCUGCAGACGCCUCACGUUGUCCACCUUGCCAAGUGUUGCGAACCAAAACAAGCGUUCCAUCCACGUUUAUGAAAGCGUUCUCCAUUGAUUUUUGUAUCGUCGAUCUUUAGAAGAGUUACCAUUUAUUAGAGUUAGCGUUCUAAUAUAUUUCUUUGUGCCUUUCUUUCGCAGUUUAGGAUAAGCGAGUAAGUAUACGCUAUACUAUAAAACAAAUUUCUUAGCAAAUGUGCAACAAAAGGUACUGCUUUACCUAUACCGAACGAGCAAUGUUAUUGACAAGUCCAGAAUCCAAAAAUUAAUAUGGAUUUAAAAAAUAAUAUUUUAUAAUUUCUAGCGCGCACAUGCGACAUGGACUAUAACGACGUCAUAAUCUGAUACUAUAGUAAUCUAUCGUAUUUCUAUUCUUAUAUAACAGCGAAGCUUUGUGCUAUAUUCAGGAAAAUUCAGGAUUUUUAUAAUAUUGUCGGAAUAAAGGAGGGAAUUUGUGCUUAAAUAAGGAUGAAAAUUGUGAAAUUCGCUUUUAACAAUCACUCAUUCUAAAUAAGCACAUGGUUAUGGAACAUUUUUAAAAUCGCUUCAUUGCAAUUCACAAUGCUUGCUGUAAUAUCCAUUACAAUGCGUAGCGUACUAUAGUAACGUCCAUUUUUUCGAUUAAAAACUUAAUUUCAAUAUGACUUUGGACAUAUAUAUUUGUGGAAAAUAUAUAUUUUUUAUAAAUUUUGAUAUAAAACGUAUACACACAUAGCUUUAAUUAUAAUAAAAACUUUAGAAACCUUUUACAUUUUAUACUAACCAUUUUUGAACGGAUUUGCUAUCAAUAAUAUAAUCAAUAAUACGCAUUAAAUAUAAUGAAAACCCUUAACGUUUCGCAAUAUAUUUGUUACAAUAUUUUAAUUUAUUUUACAAAUUCGAUUUAUCUAACAUAAUUAUGAGAGUAGUUAUAAUUUAGUCGCAACAUAUAGUUAUUUAAAUAUUACCAAGAGCCAUUGUGAUCUAGUGGUAAAACAAUUUAUAUGUGUUAAUGUUUAUAUAAGUCAUUCAUAUUUGUUAACAGCGAGACGGUAGUCUAACGUGUUAACUUAUUUUUUUUAAUACAAGAAAAUAUUGAGAGAUUGUUUACAAAUAUAUUCAAUAAGAAUAAGUAUGCAACAAAUAAUAAUGCAUACGCUUUUGCAUAUUUGUUUCAUCCAAAUGAAUAAUGCACUUGUAACGAAUACAUGGUCAUAAUACAGUCAUAUGUUACCAUGACAAGCUGCUUCCUAAUUGAGCACAAAAUCAGAGUAAAAGUUUAAGUGAAUUACAAGGAGGAGUACCAAUUUAAUUUGUAUUGUCUUUUUAGUUACAGCACAUUCUAAAAACUUACCUAUCAGGAAUAGCCGUUCUUAACGUUAAUACAAGUUAUUUAUUGUUUUUCAUCAUUAUCACUUGAGUCUCAUGCCAAAGAGAUUAGUGCUUUAUUUAUUUAAAAUGUUAGAGCAUUAUAUGUAUUGCUGAAGGAAAGUAGUAUCGUGUAGUAUAUUGAUAUUUAUAUCUAACACACGAAGACAAAAAAGAUAAGCUGAAAAAUAGAGAGCUUAAUAGUUUAUUCAUUACUCAUAAUUAAUGUAACAAAGAUCUGUAUUCAAAGUUAUUGUUCUUACGUUAAUUCAACUUAUUUACAUGUUUACAGAGUGAACCUCCGAACAAAGGAACAAAUAUACGUUUGUAUAGCCAUACGUUUGAACAGAGCAUUUAUGAAUACAGUUCUUAGCCUUGACACCAAUUUUGUUAUGUAAUCGAAGAAAUUGACAAUAUAUUGCCUACAAAUUAA